AUGACAAAAAAAAAAAAAAAACUUGUAGACAUACCUUAUGUUUGCCUUUUUUUCAUGAUGAUAAAAUGUACUUCAUAUAAACAUCAACAUCCUCCUAAAGCUUUUGUGCUUGAUAAAAAAACGUAUAAGACUUGUGCAACUUGUUUAACUAAUAAAGCUAAGACAAGGGCUAAUAAAAAAACUAUAUCUGAUCAUAAUCAAACUAUUGAAACAAUUUCAUUAAAUGAUUUAAAUGAAUAUGUUAUGGAGUUAAUGGAAAGUCUUGAGAAUGACAUGAGAUUAUCUUUUACAAUACAUGUUGAUGUCAAUAUGUCUGAUCAAAAUUGCAAUAUCAAGUCAAUUGCCAAUAUGAUUGUUAACAAUAUUGAAGAAGGUGACGGUUAUUCCUGGGUGAGUAGCAGUCCCAAUUUACAAAACCAGCAUUUUAAUGAACAACCUCUUAAUGAACAACCUCUUAAUAAACAACCUCUUAAUGAUUAA